UCUCGCAGGGGUGGCGCACCCCAAGGCCGUUGUGAAUGGUGCUGAAAGGUGAUGAACGUGUUUUCCUAAGGUCGUUAAGGGCGGUUCGUGAUGUUUAGCCGCUGCGGGAGAUUUUAAGUGUACGGAUUAUUGGGGUUAGACUGCGUCCUGAUAAGGCAUGCUAUGUGUCAGAGCAUCGGAAACGGAGGUCCGUGUAGAAGAUGACGGGGUUAAGUAGAUAAAGGGAGCAGGCCUGGCUGCCAUCAACGACGGACGAUUCCUCGGCUCUUCUCUUUCUCACUGCAGCGCACAAUGCUCUGCCACCGCGCUCUUGUCAUUCUCAUCGCUGUCAACGUGCCAAUCGUGACGGGGCUAGAGCCAGACUUCGCUUACCCGCUGGAGAACGUAACGAUCCCGCAAGGUCGAGACGCUACCUUCACCUGCGUGGUGAACAACCUCGGUGGAUACCGGGUGAGUCCUUCCUCCUCCGCGAGCGGAGAUCACUCUGGCAGCGUCAAGGGUAACGCCCGGGUGGCGUGGAUUAAAGCAGACACCAAGGCGAUCCUAGCGAUUCAUGAGCACGUGAUCACGAACAACGCCCGUCUGUCGGUGACCCACAGCGACUACAACACGUGGACGUUGAACAUUCGCAGUGCACGCCGGGAAGAUCGCGGAAUUUAUAUGUGCCAGGUCAACACGGAUCCCAUGAAGAGCCAGAGCGCGUUUUUGGAGGUGGUAAUACCGCCAGACAUCAUCUCAGAGGAAACCUCGAACGACAUGAUGGUUCCCGAGGGAGGUGCCGCGAAGCUGGUGUGCAAAGCGCGCGGUUAUCCCAAGCCUGACAUCGUGUGGAAGCGAGAAGACGGCGCCGAAAUCAUUUCGCGUUCCGGUCCUGGCAAGACAAAAAUACCCAGUGCAGAGGGCGAAGUGCUGACUUUGUCGAAAGUAACGAGGGGCGAGAUGGGCGCCUACCUAUGCAUCGCCAGCAAUGGAGUGCCUCCGUCAGUCAGCAAACGAAUGAUGCUGCACGUGCAUUUUCACCCGAUGGUCCAGGUACCGAACCAGCUGGUCGGAGCUCCGAUCGGAACUAACGUCACGUUGGUCUGCCAUGUGGAAGCGUCACCUAAGGCCAUUAAUUAUUGGACCCGAGAAACUGAUGAAAUGAUAAUCACUAACAGUAAGUACGCGAUGUCCGAGGUGAAGACGUCAGUGUACAGCGUGCAGAUGCGACUAGUUAUCAUGAACCUGCAGAAGCACGAUCUGGGUGGCUACAAGUGCAUCUCAAAAAACUCCAUUGGCGACGCUGAGGGGAACAUCCGGCUUUACGACAUGGAGCUACCUAAACAUUCCAAAAAGGGCAGUGACCGGCGAUCAGAGGAUGACGCGGGCGACUCGAUUGGUGAUCGCGAUCACAGAUUGAACCACGCGCAUCAAGGAUCCCUGAGGGAAACAGGAUCGACUCUGGAACCAGCCUUCGACGCGGACGACAAUUCGGCGUCUACAACGUCGAGAGACAACGCGCCGCCGGCGACGAUCGGCAUCGUCCUGAUCAUGCUGCACCACUUGGUCGCUUCGACGUAAGAUAGACGUAACCUAUUUGCCCUUAAACGCAAACUACGUUUACCACGAGCUCGAUUCGCUAACCUAAGGAAACUCCGAGAUAGCGGCAGAGUAGCUCCGUCGCCUCGCGUUCUCGGCAAUCUACGACAUUAUUAUUGCCGAAUCUCAUCGAUAUCAUGUCAACCCUGACGUUAAAAAUUAAUUAUAAUAUUUUAAACGGAAACGAUUACUGUGCUGAAUGAUACAUUCGUAAAUAUAACAAGACUCAUUAAAUCGUUAAACAAAAUUCUUCUGCAGAAAUCGAAAGGUAAAUUGACACGGACAUCUCGACUAUUGUUUUAAUCCUUUACGUGAUAACGUUU